AUGACAAAGUCCUCCAAGGUCCAAGAAGGCGUUCGCGUGACGGCCACGCUCAGGCCAGCAACUCUUGAUGACGCCACAGCAAUAUCAGAGCUCGCCACCCAUGUCUUCACGGUCACAUUCGGCCAUUCAGUCGAGCCGCAUGAGCUCCAAGCGUUCCUAGAGGAGUCCUACAGCCUCGAAGCCAUCACAAAAGAUCUCGACGACUCAAACAAAGACACACUACUCGCGGUUGAUCCUACUGGAGACAUCCUGGGUUUCGCCAUGCUCACCCGGGGCUCCUCAGAGCCAUGUAUCUCACAUCUUGACGGUACUGUUGAGCUGCAGAGAAUUUACAUGUAUCCAAAGGCACAAGGCACGGGCGCUGCAAAGCUUCUGGCAGACAGGUUAGAAGACAUGGCUAGGGAACAAGGGUUUAAGCACAUGUGGUUGGGCGUCUGGGAAGAGAAUCUUCGGGCGCAAAAGGCGUAUGGGAAAUGGGGAUAUGAGGAAUGUGGCACCCAUGACUUUGCCAUUGGAUCAGUGAUCCAAACUGAUAACAUUAUGGUGAAGAAACUCUGA